AGUUGAAUGGAGGUUGGAAUUAGUUUGGUCUCCAAAAUUGACAAGAAAUAUAGGUAAUGACCUUAUUUAACUAGAUAAAGAGUAACCUUGUAAGCAUCAUAGCUGACCCAUCCCUUCAACAACAAAUAGUCUCUUUAAGAAAUGGGUUUCUGGGGAAUUGAACUUGAAUGCGGUAAACCGUACAUAUACCGACAUGAUAAGAUGCUAGGAAAGCUUCAUAUUACUCAGGCAGCUUUAGUUAGCUGGGGUCAUGUCUGGGCAUUGAGUACAUAUUGGUGUGCUGUUCAGGUUAAGGUUGGGAGUAAGAACCCAAUCCUUAUAUGCAAGUUUGUCAGAAAUAGUUUGAUAGAAUCAAUUUCGUUAGGUUUGGAGUUUGAUGAGGGGGAAGAUGACAUUGUUUUUGAACUAUUGAGCACUGGUUGUAAAGUGCAUCUUACUGGUUACCAUGAUAAAAAUGGUAAUGGCAGAGAUCAAGUUCUAUUUCUCAUCGCGCUCUUCGCUGUCGCAAGCCUGCUAAAUUGGUGCCUUUUACUUCAAUAGAGCAAAAAAGAGUGAAAGUGUUGUUGAAAAGAGAAUAGUAAAAGAAGGAACUGGUGCCUUCUUAAAAUGGCCACGAUGAAGAAACGAAGAAUAAAAUGGCGACUCAAUCUCUAAAUAAAGAUAGAUUUGAAGUUUAUCAUGUUGGAAGAUGAUUGGAUGUGUUGGUUGUUGAUGUUUAGUUCUAAUUUAGAGCCAGUGUUUUACCUUGUUUGGUUUCCUCUGUUAUCAAGCUGUAGUUGUGUCUGUUUGGCUGUCAAGUUUGUUAAAUUUCUGUUUUAGAGUUCUGGUUUUAGCUUUACACAAGUUUGUGCUUCAUUCUACGGAAUCAAGUAGUAUACAAUUUGUUUAUUUGACAGUU